AACUGGCUUGUGCAGUGCUCAAAUUAGCCAUAGCUAGCAACAGAGUUGUGUGAUGACAGCAUGUACGCGAAUAAGUUUGGCCGCCUGAUGUUCGGGCUGUACAGCCGCAGGACAGCCGCUGUCUGCGGGGUGGUGCACAGAGCGACGGGACGGAGCGGGUUCAGCUGGACUGCGGUGUGCAAACAGCGGACACUAUUGCUGCAGAGGAGCGCCUGUUUGGAGACCCAGCAGCAAAGCUCAGCCUGUCACGUCAGUACUCGGUCAGCCUCCCAAACCACAGUGGACCCUGAUGAGGUGAGGAGGUUCCAGUCACUGGCCAGCAAGUGGUGGGACGAACAGGGAGAAUUUGCAGCUCUUCAUGCUAUGAAUGACCUGAGGGUGCCUUUUAUACGGGAUAAUCUGCUGAACGUGCACAGAACACGUCACCCUGGGAAACCACUCGGAGGGCUCAGGAUAUUGGAUGUGGGCUGCGGAGGAGGCCUGCUCACAGAGCCCCUGGGGCGCCUGGGAGCUAAUGUUUUGGGUAUAGAUCCAGUAGAAGACAGCAUCGGCACAGCCCAGCUGCAUACAUCCAAAGAUCCGGACCUUGGGAACAGGGUCAGCUACUGCGCCUGCACUCUGGAGGAGCUUUCAGCAGGAGAGGAGGGAGGAGAGGAGGAGCAGGGGGAGGGCCAAUUUGAUGCUGUUGUAGCUUCCGAGGUGGUGGAACAUCUGGCCGACCUGGAAACAUUCGCCUUCUGCUGCGGCCACGUGCUGAAGCCAGGCGGCUCACUCUUCAUCACCACUAUUAAUAAAACCAACCUGUCAUACGCGCUGGGUAUUGUUGUAGCCGAGCAGCUGCUGCGCAUCGUUCCCAGUGGGACGCACGACUGGGAAAAAUUCAUCAGCCCUGAAGAGCUGGAGCGCCUCCUGGAGUCCAAUGGUUUCUCAGUGCAGUCUGUCCAAGGAAUGCUGUACAACCCCGUAUCAGGAGCCUGGAGCUGGACCAACAGCACCAGCAUCAACUACGCCCUCCACGCUGUCAAAGUGAGAGACGAUCACCACACAGAGCAGGCUGACGAGAGCUGAGCCAAAUGACUGGAGAGCAAGUCAGGAAAUAGAAAAGAAAAAAACUUUCAGAUGUGUGGAGUCCUAACUUUCCCGUGGCCAGCGGUGAGGCAGCGUAUGCGACUAAGGUUAUUAAAGGAAAGAGACACAGAAUUAGAGACGUACUGUAGUUGCCAAGUUGCACUCAAAGUGAGAUUGCAUGAUGCUGAAGGUUUUCUGCUGCUUUACUAUGAAGUGUUACAAACAGUUUAAGAAACGUUAGGUGUUUAAUAUGCUUCACAAGGCAACUGUGCAUCCUCUAAUUGUGUCAUUCAGUGUAGGGAUGCACGAUAAUAUCGGCACAUCAUCGGUUUUAACAGAUAUUACCAGACACAUGCUUUUAUUGCCAAAGUGAACAUGUACAAAAUGUCAACCCCAAGUUGAAGUAUUUGUCUUAUUUUGAACAGUGAAUAAUUAAUACA